AUGCUGGUCGUCGGCCUCACAGGCGGCAUUGCCUCUGGCAAGUCGACCGCGUCCUAUCUCAUCUCUUCGCAUCCCGCUCGCAUCCCAAUUAUCGACCUGGACGUCCUGGCCCGCGAAGUUGUCGCCCCUGGUCAACCAGCGCUCUCCGCCCUCCGCUCCGCUUUCGGUCCCAGCGUCAUCAACACCAAUGGCACCCUCAACCGGGCCGAGUUGGGCCGUCUUGCCUUUGCCACGCCCGAAAAAACCAAGAUCUUGAACGGCAUCACCCACGGUGCGAUCCGCAAGCGCAUGAUCCGCCUCCUCAUCGGCUACUGGCUCAAAGGCGAGCGCGUAGUCGUCGUCGACACACCGUUGCUCGUCGAAGCCGGGUUGUGGAAGUGGUGUGGCGAAAUGGUGCUUGUCUACUGUCGACGCGAAGAUCAGUUGAAACGCAUGCUCAAGCGGGACGGCGAGCGGAUUGGGUUGACCCCAGAAGACGCAGAACAGAGGUUGAACGCCCAGCUGCCCCUCGACGACAAGCUCGUGUACGCCGAUGCAGUGCUUGACAACUCGUCAAAUCUCGCAGAGCGCGUGGAGGAGGAAGAACGAGGCGCACCAGAAUGGACAAGGCGGCUGGAAAGGGAGACGAGUGUUGCGCUACGGAUGCAGGUGGAUAGACUGGUGGGGAGGUGGGUGGAUAGGUAUGGGGGCGUGCGAGGGAGGGUGAGGUGGUUGAUGCAGUGGUUGGUGCCGCCCGUGGGACUGAUCAUGGGUGUAUGGAGGGCAAUGGCGCGGCAGAGAGCGGUGAAGGGGAGGUUGAGCAGUGGAAGGAAGCCGAGUGUGCCUAGUAGCAAGCUGUGA